UAAAAUAUAAAAAAUAGAAAUAUAUUCUCUCCUUCAACCAACGCCAACCAUCAUAAAACACAGAUCAAAAUCAAAAAUCAAACUCCAAUCUAAUCCCCUCUUUCUCAGAUCCAUGGCUUCUCGCUUCCUCCUCUUCUUCCUCUUCACUUCUCUUCUACUCUCCAUCUCCCUCGCCGAGAUCCAUUUCUCCGAGAUCCGAUCCGACGACCGUCAAAUUAUCCCUUUCGACGAAUUCGGGUUCACCCACUUGGGCCGACUCGAACUCAACGUCACAAACAUCCACCUCUCAAACCCUAACCCCGAUCUUGACCGAUCAAAAAUCGGAUUCUUCCUCUGCACUCGUGAUUCCUGGCUUCACGUUAUUAACCAACUCGAAGAUGGUGAAAUCACGUGCGCUCUUCAAUCGGAUCUUAUCAAACCCGUUUUCACUUUCAACGAACUCGUAAAAGACCAAACUAGCCUCUCCAAAACACUCACCCAUAACGAUGCCGAUCAGUACACGCUUGUGUUUGCCAAUUGCUUGACGUCGCUGAAAGUCUCCAUGGACGUCAAGUCGGCGAUGUAUAAUCUCGAUAAAGGCGGUAAAGCUCGUGACUAUUUAUCAGCAGGCAAAACUAUGCUGCCGCGGGUUUAUUACUUAUUGUCGCUGAUUUAUUUCGGUUUAGCUGGGGUUUGGAUUUAUGUUUUAUAUAAGAAACGACUUACUGUUUAUCGAAUUCAUUUCUUCAUGCUUGCUGUGGUCAUUUUAAAGACAAUGAAUUUGUUGUGCGAAGCUGAGGACAAGAGCUAUAUUAAGAGAACAGGUUAUGCUCAUGGAUGGGAUGUUUUGUUUUACAUUUUUAGUUUUCUGAAGGGAAUCACGUUGUUUACUUUGAUUGUUCUGAUUGGUACCGGGUGGUCGUUCUUGAAACCAUACUUACAAGGUAAAGAAAAGAAGGUUUUGAUGAUUGUGAUUCCCUUACAGGUUGUUGCCAAUAUUGCCCAAGUUGUGAUUGAUGAGACUGGGCCGUAUGGGCAGGAUUGGAUUACUUGGAAACAAGUGUUUUUGUUGGUUGAUGUUGUCUGUUGUUGUGCGGUUUUGUUUCCAAUUGUUUGGUCGAUUAAGAAUUUGAGGGAAGCUGCGAGGACAGAUGGGAAGGCAGCCGUGAAUUUGAUGAAGUUGACUUUGUUUAGGCAGUAUUAUAUUGUGGUGAUCUGUUAUAUUUACUUUACUAGGGUUGUGGUUUAUGCUUUGGAGACCAUUACUUCAUAUAAGUAUUUGUGGACGAGCGUGGUGGCUGGAGAAUUGGCUACGUUGGCGUUUUAUUUUUUUACUGGGUACAAGUUUAAGCCGGAAGCACAUAAUCCAUAUUUUGUUGUGGAUGAUGAAGAGGAAGAGGCUGCGGCUGAGGCUUUGAAGCUAGAAGAUGAGUUCGAGUUGUAAUUAAUUUUGAGAUCAAAGAAGAUGGCGUGUCAAGAAAUUGAGAGAUUUUGAGGUGGAUACUUGAUCAUUGCUACAUUUACAUUGCACACAUGGGAUGAUUUACUAUGUGGUUUUCUUAAUCUCUUGUUUUUGUACCUUAUUUUUGUUAUUGGGUUAGUAGGGUAGGCUCUUAAAUUUCAUGUAUCUCCAUGAAAAUGGAUAUCCAACAGUAUGUACAAGCUCUUAAAGUAAAUCAGCCACUGUUUUGACUAA